AUGAGGAAGCGCAUCAUUGCCAUCGUAGCCGGAGGAUGCUCCAGCGAACUCGAAGUUUCCCUGCGUAGUGGACAAGGAAUUUCUUCUUUUAUGGACAAAGAGCGUUACGACCUGUACAUCGUAGAGGUGGAAGGCCGACGCUGGGAAGUGAUCCUGCCGGAUGGCACGAAGAGUGCGAUCGACCGGAACGACUUCAGUUUCACAGAAAGCGGCGAGAAACGGACUUUCGAGUUUGCCUAUAUCACCGUCCAUGGCAGGCCGGGAGAGAACGGUAUGCUGCAAGGAUAUUUUGACCUCAUCGGGAUGCCUUAUUCAAGUUGCAGCGUGCUGGUUUCGGCCAUGACGUUCAGCAAGUUCACGUGUAACCAGUACCUGAAAGGGUUUGGUGUUCGCGUGUCCGAGUCCCUCAUCCUGCGCAGCGGUUUCGAGAUUUCCGACGAGGAGGUCAUUAACAAAAUCGGACUGCCCUGCUUCGUGAAGCCCAACGCUGGAGGUUCCAGCUUCGGAGUGAGCAAGGUGAAGACGCGGGAGGACAUACAACAGGCCAUCAGGAAGGCUUUCAAGGAAGAUAAUGAGGUCAUGAUAGAGGCUUCCAUGGAAGGAACCGAGAUCACCUGCGGGUGCUACAAAACCCGCGAUAAGGAAACGGUCUUCCCCAUCACCGAAGUAGUGAGCACCAACGAAUUCUAUGACUACAACGCCAAGUACAGAAAACAAUCCCAGAACUUCACUCCUGCCCGCAUACCCGAAGAAACGGCAACAAAGGUGAGACAGCUGACCUCAAGCAUUUAUGACAUUCUGGGCUGCUCGGGACUGGUACGCAUCGAUUACAUCAUAACUAAAGGCGAUAAUAUAAACCUGCUGGAAAUCAACACCACUCCGGGCAUGACAGAUACCAGCUUCAUCCCCCAGCAAGUGCGUGCCGCAGGGCUGGACAUCAAGGACGUAAUGACGGACAUUAUAGAAAAUAAGUUUAGUUAA